AUGCAGCGCCAGACGAAGUACCAGCCAUUCCAGAACCUCUUCUACACCGCUCAACAGGCCAGAGAUCAUCGAAGACGAGAAACCUUGUUCGGGCGCAUGCCUUACCUGCAAGUUGACAACACCAUCGAAGACGUUGAAAAGAACCGUACGUUACACGUCGAAGAGAUCUUCAAUGCAAUGACGAGCGGAGAGGUUGCCAGAGACAACAACGGUUCGAUUGCCAUGAAGCGAUGGGUUGGCAAUGCUCACUACCCAGGGAACCUGGUAGAGGCAUACGCCCACAAGGUCUUCGACUGCCUACUUCAGCAAGCGAGGGAGGGUUUUCGGGGCUGGGAACACAACGAUUACGUUGCAGACGAACGCAAAGGUGACGAUAUAGACCGAGAAGUUGACUGCGCUGGCCGCUUAGCCAACAUCAUCCAGGCUCUGGAGCAAGAGAAGACAAUCUGCGAGGACGUCAUGAACUCUGCCUGCCAGAUUCGCAUGUUCGUCAACGCUCCGCGCGCGUACGCCAACCGCAAGCACCAGAACCGCGUCGGCAAUAGUAAGAGGGGCAAGGAGCCUCGCACUGAGUCCCGCGUCUGCCAGCUAUACAGCUUCACGAUUAGCGCCACUUCACAGACCGACAAUGUCGGCAUCUCGCCCUUCGUUCACACAACAUGCAGCCUCCGCGAACUCGGCACCCACGUCAUCGCCGCAGACAGCUUACUCUCCGCAGCCGUUCAUACCGCGCAUGGCGAGCGAGGCGUCCUUCGCCUCCCCAUUAGUAGCUCACGCAAGCUACUCGCCAACUAUUACAGCUGGCGACGUGAAGCCGCCGUCGACUCAUGA